AGACAGCUAAACAAGUGAAAACAGAACAUCUUCUAAAUCAAUGUACAGACAGAGACAAGCUACCGAACACACGGUUUAAAACCCCGCUCACCCGGCGCGGAAACUAAAUCGAGCGUACCGUUCUGUCUGGGCUUGGUCUGUGGUUCGUUCCGUUUCCGCCCUGUCAUCCUGGCUUUUCUCCGGUCCUCGGAGCCCAAUUCCAGAAGAGGACAGCUAAACAAGUGAAAACUGUUUAUUAGCUAAACUGACUACAGUCUAUUAGCUCAAAUCUUAAGUAAAUCACAGCGCCAGAUCGGUGUACCGCGGAGACAAAGAGAGGAGGAGGGGCGGGGUUUCAGGAGUUUUACAUGAGACGAGAUAUUGCUUCCUAGUUAAGCUUACUGGUGUGUGUGUGUGUGUAGAUGUGUGACAGCGGUGUGUGUGAAGACAAGCCCCCCGCCCCCCCUGUCAGAAUGAACAGCCAAGGAGGCGGAGCCAAGGACUCCGUGUCGGGCAACUACAACUCUCGGUCCCUCCCCUCUGUUCCUGAGGAGAAACAGAAACGAAAUAAAAUCAUCUCCAUGUUCGCCUCCGAGAAAGGAGGCAGGAAGAAGGAUCGUGAUAAGGACAACAGACCAGAGAUCUCCUCUCCGUCAGACUUUGAACACACCAUCCAUGUGGGCUUCGACGCCGUCACAGGAGAGUUCACAGGCAUGCCGGAGCAGUGGUCCAACCUGCUCCAGACAUCUAACAUCAGUAAAUCGGAGCAGAAGCAGAAUCCUCAGGCUGUUCUGGACAUUCUCAAGUUCUACGACUCCUCCACCGCAAAACAGAAAUACCUCUCCUUCUCAGAAAAAGAUGCACAGUCGCCUGGAAAGCAGGGUGCCACGUCCUCGCCAUCCGGCGGUAAAGACGGUGAAGAUGAUGACGAUGAUGGAGACGAAGCUCCGCCCCCUAUUGUGGCGCCACGGCCUGAGCACACCAAAUCAGUGUACACCAAGUCUGUCAUCGACCCACUUCCUCCGCUGCCAGAGCCUGACUCCGCCUCCAACAGGAACAAGAAGAAACAGCAGGGCAAGAUGACUGACGAGGAAAUCAUGGAGAAACUACGAACCAUCGUCAGUAUUGGAGAUCCCAAGAAGAAGUACACACGCUAUGAGAAGAUCGGCCAGGGAGCGUCUGGUACUGUCUACACAGCCAUCGAUGUUGCCACUGGUGCAGAGGUAGCUAUCAAACAGAUCAACCUCCAGAAACAGCCGAAGAAGGAGCUGAUCAUCAACGAGAUCCUGGUGAUGAAGGAGUUACAACAACCUAACAUCGUCAACUACGUAGACAGUUUCCUGGUAGGUGAGGAGUUGUUUGUGGUGAUGGAGUAUCUGGCUGGAGGUUCACUCACGGACGUUGUCACGGAAACAUGCAUGGACGAGGCUCAGAUCGCUGCUGUGUGCAGAGAGUGUCUGCAGGCUCUGGAGUUUCUCCAUGCCAACCAGGUGAUCCACAGAGACAUCAAGAGUGACAACGUGCUGCUGGGCAUGGACGGAUCUGUCAAGCUCACUGACUUUGGGUUCUGUGCCCAGAUCACUCCAGAGCAGAGUAAGAGGAGCACCAUGGUGGGGACUCCCUACUGGAUGGCUCCUGAGGUGGUGACCAGGAAGGCCUACGGACCCAAGGUGGACAUCUGGUCCCUGGGCAUCAUGGCUAUAGAGAUGGUGGAGGGAGAACCCCCUUACCUCAACGAGAACCCACUCAGGGCCCUCUACCUGAUAGCCACCAAUGGGACUCCAGAGCUCCAGUCUCCAGAGAAGUUAUCUCCAGUGUUCAGGUCCUUCCUGUCCCGCUGUCUGGAGAUGGAUGUAGAGAAGAGAGGAGGGGGGAAAGAACUACUGCAGCAUCCAUUCCUAAAGCUGGCCAAGCCUCUCUCCAGCCUCACCCCUCUCAUCCUGGCAGCCAAGGAGGCCAUGAAGAGUAACCGCUAACCCUGGUUAGCCACAGAUACACUGGAUUCCUAUGUCUCUGUGUUAGCCUGACCGCUAACUACUAGCCUUACCAGCUAACUUCCAGCCCUACUGUGCCAACUCAUCAGUGCCUCUCUGUAACUGACAGCAUCUCCUCCUUGAUGCUAAACACCAGCCUGCUAGCGCCCUGGCUUGUACACCUACAAGUCACACAAGUCGGCUUCCUGCUCUGUUUGACUCCCCUUCUCCUCUAUCCCUCACCCCUCACUCCAUAUCACACACCAGUCUUCCUAUGUCUCUUACCCCCUCCCUGUCUUUCCCUCACCCCCCCCCCCCCUCCCUGUCUGUCCCUCACCCCCCCUCCCUGUCUGUCCCUCACCCCCCUCCCUCCCUGUCCCUCACCCCUCACUCCAUAUCACACACCAGUCUUCCUAUGUCUCUUACCCCCUCCCUGUCUGUCCCUCACCCCCCCUCCCUGUCUGUCCUUCACCCCUCACUCCAUAUCACACACCAGUCUUCCUAUGUCUCUUACCCCCUCCCUGUCUGUCCCUCACCCCCCCUCCCUGUCUGUCCUUCACCCCUCACUCCAUAUCACACACCAGUCUUCCUAUGUCUCUUACCCCCUCCCUGUCUGUCCCUCACCCCCCCUCCUCAUCUCUCCUUCACCCCUCACUCCAUAUCACAUACCAGUCUUCCUAUGUCUCUUACCCCCUCCCUGUCUGUCCCUCACCCCCCCUCCUCAUCUCUCCUUCACCCCUCACUCCAUAUCACAUACCAGUCUUCCUAUGUCUCUUACCCCCUCCCUGUCUGUCCCUCACCCCCCCUCCUCAUCUCUCCUUCACCCCUCACUCCAUAUCACAUACCAGUCUUCCUAUGUCUCUUACCCCCUCCCUGUCUGUCCCUCACCCCCCCUCCUCAUCUCUCCUUCACCCCUCACUCCAUAUCACAUACCAGUCUUCCUAUGUCUCUUACCCCCUCCCUGUCUGUCCCUCACCCCUCACUCCAUAUCACACACCAGUCUUCCUAUGUCUCUUUCCCCCUCCCUGUCUGUCCCUCACCCCCCCUCCUCAUCUGUCCCUCACCCCUCACUCCAUAUCACACACCAGUCUUCCUAUGUCUCUUACCCCCUCCCUGUCAGUCCCUCACCCCCCCUCCCUGUCUGUCCCUCACCCCCCCUCCCUGUCUGUCCCUCACCCCCCUCCCUGUCUGUCCCUCACCCCCACUCCCUGUCUGUCCCUCACCCCCCCUCCUCAUCUCUCCUUCACCCCUCACUCCAUAUCACACACCAGUCUUCCUAUGUCUCAUACCCCCUCCUCAUCUGUCCCUCACCCUUCACUCCAUAUCACACACCAGUCUUCCUAUGUCUCUUACCCCCUCCCUGUCUGUCCCUCACCCCCCCUCCUCAUCUGUCCCUCACCCCUCACUCCAUAUCACACACCAGUCUUCCUAUGUCUCUUACCCCCUCCCCGUCAGUCCCUCACCCCCCCCCCCUCUUCAUCUGUCCCUCACCCCUCACUCCAUAUCACACACCAGUCUUCCUAUGUCUCUUACCCCCUCCCUGUCUGUCCCUCACUCCCCCUCCUCAUCUGUCCCUCACCCCUCACUCCAUAUCACACACCAGUCUUCCUAUGUCUCUUACCCCCUCCCUGUCUGUCCCUCACCCCCCCCUCCUCAUCUGUCCCUCACCCGCCCUCCAUUUUCCUCACCCUCUUUUUCAUUCAGAUGUUGUGAGGUUUUCUUGUUCUGUUUGUCUCUCUGCCUGCUACCUGUUCUUUCUCUCUCUUUACUCUGACUAAGAAACUUAAAGGUGCAAUCUGUAACUUUUUUUUGUCCCACAAACAAAUGGAUCAUUUCAAGCCUACAGUAUCAGUGUUGCAGUACACCUGCAAAUAAAACUACAGAUUGCACCUUAAAAAUAAUUGCUGUAUGGAACUAUCUCGGUAUUCAAUUCAAAUAUUUUGGCAGCAAAACCAAAUAAAACAUUUCAAAGUCGUUUUGUAUAUUAUGUACUUUGGCAAACGUUGAGGGGUAAAAAAUCUGGAUAUUUAGACAACUGUUUUGUAAUGUGUAUGAAUACUUUUCAUUAUGUGUUUUGUGACUAACAUUCGGAUAGAAACCUUCCAUAACGGUGUGCCUUAAUGAACACAACAUCUAGGCUCUAUGGGGUGAAUCCUAACUUUCACUUCAUUAAGUUGAAUUGUCACUUAGUGUUCCAUUGACAUCAACGCAUGACUACGUGAAAACGGGACGUAAGUGGAAGUUAGGAUUUGCUCCUAUGAUUGGCCAAUCAAAAAGCAUUCCACCGUGCUAGACUAGUUCAUUCCAUUUCACAGACAUUCCAGUCAGAGAGGUUGAGUCUGAUGAUGUUGAUGAUUUUAAUAAGUAUCCCCUUCUGUUCUUCAUUUUUAAUUAAUGAAACCAAACCUUUUUUUUACAGGAAGCCAUGUAUUUUCAAACAGUCUAUGUAAAUGAUUAAAGAUAGACUUGAACUAA